CUAUUACCUGCAACGCCCUGAUAAGAUGGAUAAUGAGAUAUAUAUCAUGUGUAUUCAGUUCACCGGUAUCGUCAGUUACAUGUUGAUCUUGAAACAAUACUCAUCAUGGUUCGCGAUCGCUUACCGGAUUUAUGUGCCUGCCGUAAUAGCAGUACUACAUUCGGCAGAGGAUUUUUGCAGGAUGUUCACAUUCAAAUAGCACAAAAUAAAAAAUUAAAAGAAGUGUUAAUGGAAGUUGAAGAAGUACGUGGUUUUAUACAACUGCUUGUGGAAAAUAUAUCAGUUGUUAAGGAUUUGCAUAAUAAUGUUUUAUCACAUACAAGCAAAGAUAUGCAAAGAGAACUUGAAAUUCGUACUCAAACUAUCUCACAAACAGCUUUACACAUUCAACAAAAAUUACGAGGUAUGAAGGAAAAUAUAGCUGCUACAGAUUCUUUUAAUACAGAUAACACAAAGGAAACUCCUGCUCAUAUACGAAUCAGACGUUUACAAUAUGCAACUAUGCUAAAGAUGUUUUCAGAUAUUAUGGAGGAUUACAAUGCAUCAUUAUUAAGAUAUCAUGAUAAAUGUUUACAACUUUUACAGCAACAGAGAAUGUUAAUAAAGAAACAUACAACAUAUGAGAUAGAUGAAACAGAUAAUAUACAAGGAAAUAGCAUAUUUGUGGAUAAUAUCCUAGAAGAUAGUAAAAUCACCAAAGAGCAAUUGUCUGCUAUAGAAGUACGACAUAAUGAAGUUUUGAAAUUGGAAAAAUCUAUUCAUGAAAUAAAAGAUAUGUUUACUGAAACAGCUUUUCUUAUCGAAAAACAAGGAGAGCAAAUAAAUAGUGUAGAAUACUUUGCAAAAAAUACCACAGAUGAUGUUGAGAGUGGUAAAAAAUGCCUUAAUAAAGCAGAAGAAAGAAGUCAUAGAUACAAAAAAAGAAAGAUAAAGAUUGGCAUUAUCAUUGGGAUAAUAAUAUUUCUUAUUCUAUUAAUUAUAGUAUUUCUCAAUUAAUUUUUUUUUAUAUUAACUUGCAUUUUAUCACAUGUGUAAACUAAAUAUUCGUCA